AUGUUUAUUCUUCCCCAGUCAACCAUCUCAGAUCUUGUUCAGAUCACGCCAGAGGACUUUUCCAAGUUCAGUGUAGUCGCUAUUGAGGACAACAUUAACGAGAAAUACGCCAACAAGGUGAGGAUGAUCUCCAGCCCUUUUCAAAAAAUCGGAAUUGUACUGGGGCUGACAGUCUUUUCCAAGGUCAUCCAAAAAAUCGGAUUAUGUAUUGGGUUUUAUGAUCUGCUUCAGUCCUCUGAUGGCCUGAUUGGCCAUGGAACGGGGUUGGUUAAUGUCAACGUUACGUUUCGACUGCUCGUAUUCCGACCUUUCAAGGGCGAGGUCAUUCUUGGCAAAAUUUUGAGCCAGGAUGAGGACGGUAUCAAAAUUGGACUAGAGUUCUUCGAAGAUAUAUUCGUCCCUAAAGAGCUGCUCUUUGAGCCGUCGCGCUACGACAUCGCGGAAAAUAUAUGGGUGUGGGAGAAUGACGGGCAGCCGUUCUUCUACGAUGUCAAUGAGAUAGUGAGAUUCCGAGUUGAGGCGGAAGAAUGGCACGACCAGAGGCCUACGAAGCCCGAGCAAGCUGAUGGGCAGACGCAGUCUGACUACAAGGCUCCAUAUACGAUACAAGCUUCCAUGGUUGAUUCCGGCAUGGGCCUUAUUUCCUGGUGGACCUAG